GACACAAACCCGGAUAGAAGAAGACGCUGUUGCCACAGUAACUGUUGUUAGCUAGAACAGCUACAUUUGGAGCUACAGCAGUGAUUUUGAUGCUGAUGUGGUCAGUUAUUUAAAUAUUUUGUGUCUUACGGAAAAUCUGAUCGGAUACACAGAGAAACACUUUUAAUUGCUGCUUUGGUUUGGGUGGGUAGGUAGGUAGGAAGUCAGAGGAUGUCAGGGGAUCUUGUUGCUGUAUGGGAAGUGGCGUUAAGCGAUGGUGUGCACAGGAUUGAAUUUGAACAUGGCACAACCACAGGAAAACGUGUUAUUCACAUAGAUGGAAAAGAAGUUAUAAGGAGAGAUUGGAUGUUUAAGCUGGUCGGAAAGGAGACGUUUAAUGUGGGACGAUCAGGCACAAAAGCCACUAUCAACAUAGAUGCAGUGAGUGGCUUUGCAUACGAGUACACUUUAGAGAUUAAUGGACAGAGCCUGAAGAAGUAUAUGGAGAACCGCUCCAAGGUUACCAGCACAUGGCUUCUGAAUCUGGAUGGCAUGGACUGCAGAGUUGUUCUGGAGAAGGAUACCAUGGACAUAUGGUGCAAUGGACAGAAAAUGGAAACAGCUGGAGAGUUUGUUGAUGAUGGCACAGAAACACACUUCAGCAUCGGGAAUCAUGACUGCUGCAUUAAAGCUGUGAGCAGCGGUAAAAGACGAGACGGCAUCAUCCACACGCUGCUGGUGGACGGCAUGGAAGUUUCAGAGUCUGUUGAAUAAUCUGUGUGGUGACCGUUCAUGAACAUGCGAAGAGUGUAUGUAUGUGUUGAUAACCUGUGCUGAUUGGUAAUCACAGAUCAUCAUAUGCUGGUUCAGUAAUGGACUGUUUUGAAGUAGUGACAGAUGUGUCUUAAAAACACAUACUGUAGGCCUGGUUUCACAGACAAGGCUUAGCUGAAGCCAGGACUAGGACUUAUUUGUUAAAUUAAGAUGUUUAAGCAUCUUUUAUAUAAAGAAUGCCUUAGAAAAAGACAUUACUGGUGUUUAUCUUGAGACAAAUCAAUGGCACUGGCAUAUUUUAAGAUCAGUCUGUUGAAGUUAUUUUCAGUUAAAGGAACACAGCCACAUUUUGGGAAUUUAGCUUAUUCACCGUAUCCCCAUAGUUAGAUAAGUCUGGAAGUGAAUGGCUCCAGCUUGCAAACUGCUCCCAAUAAGUGACGAAAUAACGCAAACAUUUUCCUAUUUAUGUGUUGUGGUUUGUAUAGUCACACCGUGUACAAAUAACAAGAUCAUAUGAGACACAGCCAUCUUUUAACAGUAUACAUACUGGGAACUAUAUUCUCAGAAGACGAAGCACUGCUACAUGGGCGGAGUAAUUUGCACAACUUUGACCGAACUCUCUGCUCCGCACCAGGGGGCUUCACGGGUGCUGCAAGCAAAUCACUCCGCCCAAUAGCAGUGCUUCGUCUUCUGAGAAUAAAGUUCCCAGUAUGUAUACUGUUAAAAGAUCGCUGUGUCUCAUUUGACCUUGUUAUUUAUACAUGUUGUGACUAUACAAACCACAACACAUAAAUAGGAAAAUGUUUGCGUUAUUUUGUCAAUUAUUGGGAGCAGUUUGCUAGCUGGAGCCAUUCACUUGCAGUCUUUGUGCUAAGCUAAGCUAGCGGGGGCUGCGUCAGACCGAGUUACAGCACGCACGGAGAUGAGAAAGGUAUGUAUGGACUUAUCUAACUCUGGGGGAUACGGUGAAUAAGCUAAAUUCCCCAAAUCUGGGCAUGUUCCUUUAAGACAUAAAACAUGUCUUGGGGCCUGUAUCAUGAAAAUGGUUAAAAUAAUCUCAGGGUUACAGGAUACGUUUCAAAUUUACAAAAUCAAACCAAUGUGAUCAGGCCUUGUCGGUUAAAGCUACUUUCAUGGUACCCGAAACCCAAGAUUUGCACAAACUAAUCCUAAACUUACCUAGCUAGCCAACUAAACCGGCUUUAUGGUAUAGGCCCUUGGUCUAGGACUAGCCUUACGCAUUGUCUGUGAGACCGGGUGAUAGUGUAGUUAAUUGUUGGUUUAUACCUCACAUAGCAACAACAAAUUUAAGUUUUUAAACCCCUUAGGAUCCAUUGUAAUUCUGUGACUUAACAAAUGUGGUUUUUUUCAGUGUGGUGUUAUGUGAUUAUCACCAUGCAAUUAAACAUGACAAAAGUCAAACAAGAAUGGAUGUGAUGUCAUAGUCAGGCCCUUUACUGAACAGUCUAUGUUGAUCAUGUGAUAUACUCAUGUGAAGUAAUAGGAUCGUUAAUGUGAAAUAAUUAAGUCUGUGUGCGAAAGCACAAUCAUGCUAAAAGCAUUAGAUAGUGAUGUCAGUGUAAAUAUAUGUAAGUAUUUUUUCUUGUAGACAUUUAUCUGACCAAUCACUGUUUAAAACUCUAAAUGGGGUCAGAGUACAGCAAUAACUUUUCUUAGGAAAUAUACUUUAUUGUUUAAUAUGACUGUCUUUAAGACAAUUGGGUGUCAAGGCUUUGUGACAAAUAUGAUUAGUUGUGUGUCUCUCUCUUUUAAGAUCCAUGUGUUUGGUGAAUUCAAGAUGUAGUAAUGUCUGUUAGCAUUAUCUUAUUUCUAAAAAAAAAAGUGAUCUUACAGUAUAUGUGUAAUCCAACCCUUAGAGUUAUUUCAGUAAGCACUACGAAUACAUUUUGAAAGUGUAAUAAUAAUUGAUAUUAAUAAAGAUCUUUAUUACAAGAA